CCAUCAACAACAAGUGCUGAAACUGAAAAUGCUAUUAAGGCAUUAUGUUCAUCUAUUCAAAUACCUCAACAAACAAUACCAAAAACAUCUAGUGUAGAAAAAUCACCUACAAUUAUCGCACCUAUAUCAAAAGAAACUUUACCUAUUGUUGAACAUCAAUCAACACCUAUAACAACAAUAACAACAACAACAACGACAGUAACGCCAACAACUGCAACACCAACAACGUCUAUAAUACCACCACAUGUUUCAAUUAAAUCAUCAAUACCAUCAACAACAUUUAAUGAAGAAACAUUAAGUGCAGUAAAUAGUCUACUUAUGCUAAAUAAUAAUCCUCCAAAUAUAGCUGGUGAUCAUCCACCAAUGAAGGGUACAGCACGUGUAACACCAACAAUUAGUAAACCAGUUUAUUCAUUUGUCACAUCGUUACCAAGUCCUACAGAUCAACAAUCUCGUCAAUCUGCAACAACAACAACAGCUGCAGCGAUGACAUCAACAACAACUACGACAAGUGUUGCAACACCUUCAACACAACAAAAUGAUCUGAUAACAAUGGUAUCAAAUAUUGUUUCAUCAGCAAAUCUUAAUGGUGAUAAAUCAACGGUAACAACAUCAUCACCAUUAUCGUUAUCGACCACAACAACAGCAACAACAACACGAUCACAUAUUGAAUCAGUUAUUGAUGAUGUUGCUAAAGGCGUAUCAACAACAACAGCAAUAGUAACUGAACCUACAACAUCUAUUGUUGAUACAAAUCCAUCAUCAUCGAUAUCAACUAAUACUACUAAAUCAACAUCGAUACCAACUGUAUUACGUGAUGUCAUGAAAACACCUUGUUUAACAUCAUCAACAACAGUUACAACUGCAACAACUACAACAGCAGCAGCUAGUGAAACAUUAAAUCUAUUUGAUUCACAUCGUCGUUCGACAUCACCAUUAAAAACAUCGCCGAUGACAGCGACAACAACAACUACAACAACAAAUGUUUUAUCAACAACCGCAACAGCAUCAUCGACUCCUGUCGUACCUGCUGUUGUUCGACCGACUUCACAAAAAGCUUCAACAAAUCAUAAACGUUCAUCAACACCGAAAGCCGAUCCACCACCGACUGUACCAUCACCAAUAUUGCAUCCAUUUCAACAUAUGCUUUCAGCAGAUGGUAAUUUAUUUGUUGCUGCUGCAGCUGCUGCUCAUCAUCCAAAUUUUCCAUUUUCAAUAUUUGGUCAAUUGGGAACAAAUCCAGUUAAUCCAACGGGAAGUUCACCAACAAAUCUACUAGCUUCAUCACUUGUAUCAAGUUCUCCACCAUUAGCAACACGAACAUCAUCAAUAAGUAAUAGUAGUUCAAAUGCAACUAGUCAUAUUGUUAAUAAUCCAUUUCUCAAUACAAUUAUGGCUGGACAACAAAAUCUAUCAUCAUCAUCAGCACAUUCAAAUCAAAAUACUCAUGAAAAAGGAUCAAGACGAGAUUCUGUGACAAAAGGUUUAGGUACAUCAUCUUCAUCAUCAAAUCGUUCAACACCUAUUCAACAAACAGUACCUGUACCAAUAGCAUUGACUAUUCCAUCAUCAUCAUCAUCAUCAUCAUCCACAUCCACAUCAUCAUCUAGUGGAACAACAAAUACUAUGAUCAAUCAACGACAGUCAUCACCUUUAUUAGGUUCAUUGGAUGCUACUACUGCAGCUGCUAUACGACAAGCAUCACCAUUACAACAAUUUCUUGGACCAGAUUCUGUUGCACCAUUUCGUAAUGUUUAUUCUGAUCCAUCUGAACUUUACGGUACACCACCAGGUCUUUAUCAACCACAGAAUAUUGCUUAUGCUGCUGCAGCUCAACAAAUGUUAAACGUAAUGAGUAUAACAGGUAGUCAUCAUCCAUUUGCUGCAGAAUUAUAUUCAAAUCCAGACUCAUAUUUACGUUUUAAUCCUCCAACAAAUGAACUAUCACGUGAUCCAUAUAAUGUUCAAUGGCAAGGAAAUUUAAUAUUAAAAAAUGAUCAAGCAUAUGUUAAAACUCAACUUGUGGCUGGAAGUCCUCAAAUAGCACGUGCAUCAAUGAAUUAUUGGAAUUCCGAUUCAUUAUCGAAUGCAUCGUCAAAUCUACAGGCAUCUUCACAUCAUAAUUUACGUAUAUCUCAACGUAUGCGUUUAGAACAAGCACAACUUGAAGGUGUACAAAAACGUAUGCAAAUGGAUAAUGAUCAUUGUAUAUUAAUAGCUGAACCAAAUGGUUCAACGCCAGAUGAAAUUCGUACACAACAAAAUAAUUUAAAAAAUGGUGUUAUUAGAUAUUUCGAUGAAAAAAAAGCAGCCGGAAUUGUCAAUGUUUUAUUGCCCGGUGCAUCACAACCAGCUUAUGUUGUACAUAUAUUUCCACCAUGUCAAUUUGCAUCUGAAAUUCUACAAAAACGUGCGCCGGAUACCUAUCGUUGUGUUGUUCAAAAUAAAAUUGAACAAAUUUAUUUGUUAAUUGUCAUAACGAGUACAGUUCAAUAG